GCCGGAUUCGCCUCGCGCGAGGAUCUUAUAUCAAUCAUAUCAAUUCAAGUUUGGUAGGCCCAACCUUGGCUUCCCUCGCAACCACUUUAUUGCGCAAACCCAAUUCCUCUUGCAGGGCGCAUUCUAAAGUUUCCCCGCGACCUCACGCUUUCGUCGCGAACCCGGGAUGUCCUAGGAUCUACCCGACAUCCGCGUCUUGUCGCCCUUCCCCCAUCAAACCUCGCAAAGAUGCUCUUCGACGCUCGCGGACUCAUCGCCUUCCCCGGCGGCGACAACAGCAGCGACACGGUCAUCGGCGGCGUACACUUCAACUUGACGAGCCUCGACCACUGGAACUACACGCUCUACUCCAACGGCACCCUGUCCAACGGCUCGAAGUGCAUCCUCACCUUCAGCCCCUACACGCCGACCUUCCUGUUCUCGAACGGCACUUUCCUCAAUGUUACGUCGUGCUACAAGCCGGUCAAUCCCAUCGGCACGCGCGCCGGCGUCGGCGUCGGCUUCGCCGUGGCCUUUGGCCUGGCCCUGAUCCUGACCCUCGUCAACCUCGCGAAGCACGGGAAGCGGUACCUGCCCGCCGAGAAGCGCUUCCACCCACUCGGCCGCCGCUGGCAAUGGUACUGGGCCAUCUUCGUGUCGGCGACGGCCUUCAUCAGCCUCAUCACCAACGUCGACGUCGACAGAUACUACCUGCCCGAGAUUCCCAUCGUGCUCAACGUCUUCUUCUGGUAUCUCAUGCAGCAGGGCGCCAUGGCCGUCGUGUGGGAGGCCGUCCGGCACUGGGGGAGUUGGAUGGAGAGGCAGAUCGUCGACCCGAACCCGUUCGAGCUCAAGCAGGAUGACAAGCGCUCUCGCUUCGAGUUCUACAUACCGCUGUUCUUCUACUUCUGGCUGUGGCUGAACUUCUUCCUCAUCAUCCCCCGCAGCUGGACAAAGAUCGAGCACCAGCGCUACCCGGAGCAGAUCCUCGACGUGGCCAAACCAGCCGCCACCGACGGGCGCUUCAAGGCCGCGGCCUUCUGCCUCGUCGUCUGCUGGCUCACCAUCGCCGCCUCCCUCCGCCACAGCAUCAAGCACUACCGCCCGCGCAACCGCGGCUUCCUCAACCGCCUCGCCGGCCUGGCCCGCUACACCCCUCCCCGCUUCCUCAUCCUCCUCCCGCUCGCCCUCUGCGUCGCCGCCUACCAGGUCAUAACCUCCUUCUCCUUCCCCAACAGCCCCCUCAACAUCAGGCCCAACCUCGCCGCCAUGUACGCGGGCGGCUACGCGCCCGCCCUGCUCAUCAUCCUCGCCAACGGCGUCUGGGGCUUCGUCUCCCCCAACGAGGACCGCGAGCUGGCCCGCCAGCGCCGCGCCCGCGGCGCCGAGCUCGACGCCGAGCUGGGCGUCGUCCACAAGCCCGCCUGGUGGCGCCGCCUCAACCCGGACUUCGUCGCCGCCAACGACUCGGGCGUCGGCAUGCGCGACCGCAUCGCCCGCAACGUCCGCGAGCUUGGCGGCGGCCGCGCCACCGCCCGGAACAUCGACAGGCGCGUCCAGCUGGGCGCCUCGCUGAACUCGGCCGAUCUACUUCGGCAGGAACAAGGCGGCGGCGAUGCGGUCGAGAUGUCUAGCCUCCGCCGCACCGGCUCGGUCCGCUCCACCGUCGGCACGCCCGCCGCCGACCUGUACGGCGGCAAGUCGGACCGCCGCCGGACGGAGCGCACGAUGCAGCUCGCGGCGGGCCUGCUCUUCCCCGACGCCGAGGGGCCGCCGCCGUACCGCAGCGGGCCGCCGUCGGUGACGGAGGGCGGCGGCGACGGCAUCGGCAGGGGCAGGGCUGGGCCCGAGUCCGCGGCCGGGGGUCAGAGGCCGUCGACGCCCGGGCGGAGCAAUAGUACUGGGACGACCAACUCGAUCACGGCUGCGCCGCAGCAGGUGAGGAGCAUGUUGGACAUUUGAGGAGGUUAGGUCGGGGUGGGGAGUGUUUUUUUGCUCUUUUUGGAGGGCGCGAUAUAUGCUGCUUGGAGACUCAGGGAUAUGGUACGGGGCCAGCCAACCCUCAUCACCAUCCUGCUUCAAGAUAAGUAUGCUACACGGGACGGGACGGGGUUCAGGGCU